UCGCUGGUCGAUGGCUAUCGCAAUGUCCGAGUAUGCGAUUUCUCUCAACAAGGAAAGCGUAUCCGGGACAUGCAAGCCGCCCAAGGCUACAAUCGGGGUCGAGUUAGUGCCACUGCAAGCGAAGAGGAGAAGGACAAGGGCUUUCAGCUGGUGGACACCUCAUCAGCCCCACGGAAGCACCAUGUCAAUAAGUACAGUCAGCCUCGGUGGCAGGAUCACCGCAAUAAUCGUUACCAACAGCAACACCAGCGUGAUGGGGGCCGCUAUCAGCAGAAGGGCGGCAAGUCUGGUGGUGGUCGGCAGCAGAGUGCCUAUCAACAGGGUUGGGGUCGAGGACAAGGCGUCGCUCGUGGUAUCAAGGACUGGAGCGUCGCUCCUAACCCGGACUGGCAGCUCGUCCGCGAGUUACCCUUCACGCUUCUGGCCAAGGCUCAUGUUGACCCUAAGAACGUCGCCUAUGAGGAUCUUGUAUGGUGUGGCACUGGUCUUAAGGCCUAUGAAAAGACCUACGACAGGGUCUCACCUAAACUCCCCAAGUCCUUGAAGCAGUACCCUGAUAUUGCUUUCUAUAACGUCACUACUGGACAGGACCCAGUGAUUGAGCAGUUGCUGACGAACCAGCCCGUUGCUAAGGGUCAAAACGUUACUGUCGCUUGUACUGAUAGUGUUCUCUCGGUGCUGAUGGCCGCUAAUCGAUCAGUGUAUUCUUGGGAUCUUGUUAUCACUAGACUUGAUAACACCAUCCUCAUCGAUACUCGGGAGGGCUCUAACUUGGACAUGCUCACCGUCAAUGAGACCAGUAGUGAACCUCCGGCGACGCAUCCUGGUGAAGGCGAGGGCGCCAACACGGAGAUCUUCAAUACUGUUUACAAGGUUGGCGAGGAGGCCACCUGCAUCAACCAGAACCUUACCGUCCAGGUCUUGUCGUCUACCCUUCCCGAGAAGGACAAUGAAUAUCCGAACCCCUUUGACCAGAGGGAAGAAGAGGAUGAUGACGAGGAUGAGGAGAAUGAGGACAACAACGAGGGAGAAGUUCUCCCGCCCAGCAACGUUGCUUACAGGUAUCGUAAGGUGGACCUACCUCGUGUCCCAGAGGAAAGCAAGAGCCGUAACAUUUCCAUGAUCGUUCGUACUGAAGUGGACGCCUAUGUUCCUCAAGGGGAAGGACAGGAGGCUGUCUACGCCAAGAUACGUGCGCUCAACGAAAUACCAUCAACUCAGCAACAGAAACAGCCGUGGAGGUCAUCAUUGGAGUCUCAGAAGGGCGCGGUUCUCGCUACUGAGGUGCAUAAUAACGCCUUCAAGCUGGGCCGUUGGGUUGCCAGUGCUCUUCUUGCUGGCACCAGUGUCUUCAAGCUGGGCUAUGUCACUCGUGCUCGCAUGAACGACCCUUUCCAUCACUCUCUUCUCAGUGUGCAGACCUACAAGACGGAGGACUUCGCCAAACAAAUUGGGAUGAAUACGUCGAAUGCCUUUGGUAUUGUCCAGGCUGUUGUGGACUUGGUGAUGCAAUACAAGGCGCCUGGUGCUGAGGAAGAAGAGGAGGAGGAGGACGGCGCUUCCUUCGCUGGAAAGUUCUUGCUCCUCAAGGAGCCAUCAAAGAGCAUGAUCAGGCUCUAUGCGGUACCGUGGGAAGAGUUCGAGGAGUCGGACGAAGAGGAGAUGUCCGAGUCUGAUGAUGAAGAGGAGGAGGAGUAGCUUUGAGAGGAGUCCGAUACAAUUGGUGUGGUGCUCGACG